AUGGCUGUUUCUGACACUCACCAUCUAAGACCUCUGUAUGUCCUCCUAGGGGGAGAGGAGACCUCUCUGCCUGACCUGGGGCCAGAUAUGUAUCCAUGUUUGUAUUUGGCAGCUAUAUUUUCCGCUCUGAAGAAUCUUCAAGAUAAAAUUCGACGUUUAGAACUUGAAAGGAUUCAGGCAGAAGAAAGUGUGAAAACCUUGUCUAAAGGAACAAUUGAAUAUAAGAAAGUCCUGGAUGAACAGAUACCAGAAAGGGAGAAUUCAAAGAAUGAGGAAUCAAAGCACAAUCAAGAGCUGACAUCUCAGCUGUUAGCUGCAGAAAAUAAAUGUGAUCUUUUAGAAAAACAAUUGGAAUACAUGCGUAACAUGAUAAAGCAUGCAGAAAUGGAGAGGACGUCUGUAUUAGAGAAACAGGUUUCCCUAGAAAGAGAACGACAACAUGAUCAAACGCAUGUUCAAAACCAACUUGAAAAAUUGGAUCUUCUUGAACAGGAGUAUAACAGGCUUACCACGAUGCAGGCCCUUGCAGAAAAAAAAAGGCAAGAGUUAGAAGCAAAACUCCAUCAAGAAGAACAGGAAAGGAAACGUAUGCAAGCUAAGGCAGCCCAGACUGGUCUAGAAACAAAUAGACUUAUCUUUGAAGAUAAGGCAACUUCAUGUGUUCCCAAUGCAAAAAGAAUUUUAAAAAGGAAGUCAAAACCACCAGAAAAGAGAGGUUCUAGGAACUAUUUUGCUGCACAACCACAUUAUAGAUUAUGCUUGGGUGAUAUGCCAUUUGUAGCUGGAAAGUUGGAUCAUAGUGAUGUGAGAAUGAGAUGAAGGAAAGUUUUAUGGGACUGGAGGAGCAGGGAGGAGACUGGGGGGACACUUUAAAGCAGGUAGAGUAUAUGCAGAAGGGAAGUUAUGAGCAA